UUAAUAAGUUUUAUAAGUUUAUUUAGGAUAAUGGCAACGAUUUCUACUAGGGCGAAGUCUCCUACGCGAGCAGAAGCUAUAGCUAGAGCUUUAAAACCUGGCCCAGUGUUUAAUACUGGUGUACUUUUAGGCAACUGGGUCGAAGAUCGCAUAGAAUGUCCCAAAGCCGGCACCUUGUAUUUUCCACCCAAAGAGCAAAUCAAUUACGAAAAAAUGAAACCGGAAUCUCGACAGCCAGAUUUCAGAAUAAAUAAAUUGACCAGUUUACAGGGUAACGUGCACUCCAUCAUUCGGCACGACAGCCACGACUACUGCGGCAACUUCGCCACGACCAACGACCUCGUGUACAACCACCUGCCGAAGCCACUGUGCGGACCCAAUCAGCGCCAUUACAAGAGAAGCGCGCAUCAGUUCUACCCACAGCCGGACCUCAUGAAGUGUUUUGGUAAUGUAACUGAGUGGGGGUUGAGGAAAUAUAAACAAUAUGAAUGGGCAUGCACUGAUGUCUCCGAUUACGCGUCGACCCUGUACGACGACACGUACGUGCCGCCUUUGCCCCACCAAUACCUUCAGAGAUGCGAAAGAAAAGCACGAAAUUCGUAA